AUGACCACCGAAAUCAUUGAGUUGGACGAUGAUCUCCUAACUAAUGGUCCCGAGGACUUGUCCAGACAGGACACCCAAGUGAUUUAUGAAUCGCGCGACCACGAGUUCGACUGCGGCGACGAUGACAAGUGCCCUGAGAGAGAAAUGCCAGACAGUAACAAUGCCAGCGUUUUAACAAGCGCUCUUGACUAUGAUCAAUCAAGACAGGUUUUUGAAAACGAAGUCAUUGGCAUUGUGAGAGACGAUUUUUCGGGCAGAGGAGACAAGUUGGACAAGACAGGCCUGAAACCAGGCAUUUGUGUGGAAGAUAUACCCGUAAGGUUAGCACAGAUUAAGCGAGAACUCCAAGAGUUAGAAUAUUUAGGUGAUGGAAUAUCGGCAUAUAAGCCAGAAUUUGACGCAUUACAAAAACUUCUGACACGCUUAGACCAAAAACUAGGAAACCAAGCUCAGAGCGUUGCAGCAAAACUAGUGCAGCAAAGCAGUCAUGAUACUAAAAAGCACUCUACGGUAAAACUCCCAAAUAUAUCACUGGAUUACAAUGAUGCUCAACGUAUUAUGCAAUUAGAGGCCCAGGUGACCGAUAUAGAAAGAAAGCUAGGUGUGCCUGCUUCAGGGAAUCACCAACCUCUAAUCACCUUAAUGAACGAAGUUUACCGUGAAAUAAAGCUUUUAAAAGGAGACGAGAGCAAAUUAAAGAAAUUUCAGAGCGAACUUACGCUGGUAAGUGAACGCUACGAGAAUACUCUGCUUGCGAGGAAAGCGUCCAGUAGUGCGUUGCUACAAAAGCAGAUUCAAGAUGAUAUGACUCCAAAUGAAUUCAAACUUAGGAGUCUCUAUGAUUCUUACAAGGAACUGAGCAUGUAUGAUCAAGCACUCCCGCACCUUUUGCUACGAAUGAAGACGCUCAAUUCUCUCUAUUUAAAUACAGGAGAUUCUAUUGGUACUGUCAAUGCGCUACAUAAUUCCAUCAGCUGGAUAUCUGAGCAAACUACAGAAUGGCAGCACAUGUUGAAGGAGGUGGACAAAAAGCUUGAUGAUUCGGAGCAGAAGUCCAAAGAAAAUAUGCAACGAAUGUCAGAGCGACUGAGAAAUGCUGAAGAAAGAAUCAACAACAUUCAAUAA